AGGCGCGUUCUUCUCCCGCGGGUCUGGCAGCCGGGGCGCUCCCUCAGCCGCCGCUCCCCGAAGCGCGGGCUCUGGCGGCCCCGGCCGACGAGGACGCCCCGCGCGAACCGCCGCCUCUGGGGUCGCGGGGUCGCGGGGCUGCGGAGCCGCUGGCGCGCCCGGGCCGCCGCCGCCUCCCUCCGCGUCCGGGGCCGGCAUGGAGCUCUUCCAAGCCAAGGACCACUACAUCCUGCAGCAGGGCGAACGCGCGCUGUGGUGCAGCCGCCGCGACGGCAGCUUCCAUCUCCGACCGGCUACUGAUCUACUUCUUGCCUGGAAUCCCAUUUGUCUGGGGUUGGUAGAAGGUGUUAUUGGCAAAAUUCAGCUUCACUCAGAUCUACCAUGGUGGCUUAUUUUAAUUCGGCAGAAAGCUUUGGUGGGCAAACUUCCAGGAGACCAUGAGGUCUGUAAAGUUACCAAAAUUGCUGUGCUAUCACUUUCUGAAAUGGAACCUCAGGAUCUUGAGCUAGAGCUCUGUAAGAAGCAUCAUUUUGGAAUUAACAAACCAGAGAAGAUUGUACCAUCUCCUGAUGACUCAAAGUUUCUACUGAAGACCUUUACGCAUAUUAAAUCCAAUGUGUCUGCUCCUAAUAAAAAGAAAGUUAAGGAAAGUAAAGAAAAGGAGAAGUUGGAGAGAAGAUUACUGGAGGAGUUGCUGAAGAUGUUCAUGGACUCAGAAUCGUUUUACUAUAGCUUGACCUAUGACCUGACCAAUUCAGUGCAGAGGCAGAGUGCUGGGGAGAGGGAGCCCUGUCCCCUCUGGCAAAAGGUCGAUGACCGAUUUUUCUGGAAUAAAUACAUGAUACAAGACCUUACUGAGAUUGGUACACCGGAUGUGGAUUUUUGGAUUAUCCCCAUUAUUCAAGGUUUUGUGCAGAUUGAAGAACUUGUGGUUAAUUAUAAUGAGUCAUCUGACGAUGAGAAAAGCAGCCCGGAGACACCCCCUCAGGAGUCCACCUGUGUAGAUGACAUUCACCCACGCUUUCUAGUGGCUCUCAUUUCACGCCGAAGUAGACACAGAGCAGGAAUGCGUUAUAAACGAAGAGGAGUGGAUAAAAAUGGAAAUGUUGCAAAUUAUGUGGAGACUGAGCAGUUAAUUCAUGUGCAUAAUCAUACCUUGUCAUUUAUUCAAACACGAGGCUCUGUGCCUGUGUUUUGGAGCCAGGUUGGGUAUCGAUAUAAUCCAAGACCUCGGCUGGACAGAAGUGAAAAGGACACUGUCGCCUAUUUCUGUGCCCAUUUUGAAGAACAACUGAAAAUUUACAAAAAACAGGUUAUUAUUAAUUUGGUAGACCAGGCAGGAAGGGAGAAGAUAAUUGGCGAUGCUUACCUGAAACAGGUGUUGCUCUUUAACAACUCACACCUCACUUACGUUUCAUUUGACUUCCAUGAGCACUGCCGAGGAAUGAAGUUUGAGAAUGUUCAAACACUAACAGAUGCCAUUUAUGACAUUAUUCUUGACAUGAAGUGGUGUUGGGUUGAUCAAGCUGGAGUAAUAUGUAAACAAGAAGGGAUUUUUCGAGUUAAUUGCAUGGACUGCCUGGAUCGCACCAAUGUGGUCCAAGCUGCCAUUGCACGAGUGGUCAUGGAACAGCAGCUGAAAAAAUUAGGUGUGAUGCCCCCCGAGCAGCCACUACCGGUGAAAUGCAAUCGAAUUUAUCAGAUAAUGUGGGCCAACAAUGGUGACUCCAUUAGCAGACAGUAUGCUGGGACAGCUGCCCUGAAGGGUGACUUUACAAGGACAGGAGAAAGGAAGUUAGCAGGAGUUAUGAAAGAUGGUGUUAACUCGGCAAAUAGGUAUUACCUGAAUCGAUUUAAGGAUGCUUACAGGCAAGCUGUUAUAGAUUUGAUGCAAGGCAUUCCAGUGACAGAAGAUCUUUAUUCCAUAUUUACCAAGGAGAAAGAGCAUGAAGCUUUGCAUAAGGAAAAUCAGAGAAGCCACCAGGAACUAAUUAGUCAACUCUUACAAAGUUACAUGAAGUUACUGCUGCCUGAUAAUGAAAAGUUCCAUGGGGGCUGGGCCCUCAUUGACUGUGACCCCAGCCUCAUUGAUGCUACUCACAGAGAUGUGGACGUGCUGUUACUGCUUUCUAACUCCGCCUACUACGUGGCCUAUUAUGAUGAUGAAGUUGACAAAGUAAACCAGUAUCAACGACUAAGUCUAGAAGACCUGGAAAAAAUUGAAAUAGGUCCUGAACCCACUCUUUUUGGUAAGGCAAAGUUCUCCUGCAUGCGACUGCACUACAGAUAUAAAGAAGCAAGUGGCUAUUUCCACACCUUGAGAGCUGUAAUGCGCAAUCCAGAAGAGGAUGGAAAAGAUACCCUUCAGUGCAUUGCAGAGAUGCUGCAGAUCACCAAGCAAGCCAUGGGAUUAGAUGUGCCUAUAAUAGAGAAAAAGCUUGAGAGGAAGAGCAGUAAACCUCAUGAAGACAUCAUUGGCAUCAGAUCUCAAAACCAAGGCUCUCUGGCCCAGGGAAAAAAAUUUUUAAUGAGCAAAUUUUCAUCUCUAAAUCAAAAAGUGAAACAGACCAAAUCCAAUGUAAAUAUUGGCAAUCUACGAAAGCUAGGAAACUUUACAAAACCUGAAAUGAAAGUUAACUUUCUAAAACCAAACUUAAAAGUAAAUCUUUGGAAAUCAGACAGUAGUCUUGAAACCAUGGAAAACACUAGUGUGAUGGAUAAUAAACCCCAGGCAGAGUCAGAUGGGGAAAUGUCUUCAGAUAAUGACUCAUACCACUCUGAUGAAUUCCUUACAAAUUCCAAGUCUGAUGAAGACAGGCAGCUAGCUAACUCUUUAGAGAAUGUAGGGCCAGUAGACUAUGUUCUUCCUAGUUGUGGUAUUAUUGCUUCAAUACCUCGAUUAGGCAGUCGAUCCCAGUCUAUUAGCAGCACUGAUAUUAGCAUUCAUGUUCCUUCAGAGGUUACUCUUGCUCAUGAAAGUGGGCUUGGAAAAGGCUAUGAGUCUUCUUUGAAGAAAAGUCCUUCUGCUGACAACAUACACACAUUGACUGGCUUUGCCAAGCCCGUGGAUAUUUAUUGCCACAGAUUUGUUCAAGAUGCACAAAACAAAAUGACCCAGCUAUUAGAAACCAGGUCUGUUUCUCAGGCUAGUGAGGAAGGAAAUCAAAUGACCAAUCAAGUUUCUAACGAAGAAGCUCAAUUUGAAUCAGCGGAACAGAUACCUUCUCGACCAUCUCAGUUAGAUGUGUCUUUUUCUGCAGCAGGCCCACAGCUUUUGUCAGUUGAACCAGUGCAUUCAGUCGUAUCUCAAAAGACCCCCAGCUCCGAAUCUGGCACACUUGAACUUGAGAGAGGGCUUCACAUAACUCCUUCUCCUUCAGAGAGCUGUAGCAGCAGAGCAGUCUCUCCCUUUGCAAAGAUUCGAAGUUCCAUGGUCCAGGUUGCUAAUAUUACCCAAGCUGGAUUAACCCAGGGGAUAAGCUUUGCAGUGGCAAAGGUUCAGAAGAGCCCUGCAGAACCUGAAGGAGUUAAUGAAGUCCAGCAGAAUGAACUUAAAAAUAUGUUUACUCAAUGCCAGACACGAAUAAUUCAGAUUUAGUUUUUAGCCACACAGAAUCCUGUGGCUUUUAUUUAAUCCAAAAAAAAGGUGUCAUAUAACCUGUACUGUCUUUGAAUCUAGGGAUCACAAAUUCUAAUUAUGUUUUAAAAGGAGACUGACCUGAGCAGAUUUCCAAAUCUGAGAGCUAGGACAGUGGAAGUGCAUCAUCCUAGAAUGUGUAGACCUAAGUAGCUUAUACACUACAGAGCAGUUUGUCUCUUUAAAAGUAAUUCAGGAAUAGAUUACUUUGGGACGUAAUAACCUGAACCUUUUUUGGAGUGGGGUGGGUGGGUAGAAUGUAUGAAGUAUACACAAAGGGUGGACAUGGAUCCAUUUAGGUGAUUAGCAUUUUUCAUAACUUGUUUUUCUGUUUGUCAGUUCAUUUCUGUGUGUUUCCUCUACAAGGUGAAUACUUAGUUUUUAGUGACUUCAAAGUGUUACUAGUAUGGAGAAGCAUUUUAAUAUAAAAACUGUUGGUUUAAGUUUUUGAUGGCUUAACCAUUCCCUAUAAAGAGUUAAUUGAGGGCUAAUGGCGUUACAGGCAAGAAAUGAAUGCCCAUUUGAUCCUAAUUUUCCCCACAUUCUACUUAAAUUUAAAAUACUGCUACCUUGUACACCCCAAAGUCUAGGAGCAUUAAGACUUGUCAGUCAUAAAACCUGAGCUGUCAGAUGUGAACACCAGCACCUAUUAAUUAAUUUUGCUCUCUUUUCAGAAAUGUUAAGAAUGUAUACAUAUUGGAUACUGGUAAUGUUUGAAAGAAGUCUUUCAAGUUGUAAUUUUUUGCAGGGGGCAGUCCAUAACAUCCUGUGUAGACGAGCACAACUAUUGAACAUUUAGUCUGAAGCACAACUGUGCUAAAACUUUAGGUUUUAUGACUGUAACCUUGACCACAUGGAACCAGGGCCUUGUCUGUAAGCCUAUACAGUAAGAAAGUUGCACACCUUAUUCCAAACAAGUCAUUGGUUUGUCUGAUACAUUUAGAGCCUUACUCUGUUGAAAUGAUUCUCAGCUAAACAUUAUGUCUGUUGUAACUUUGAUAUUUCCACUUUUGUUAUUUAUUAAUGGUAUCUUUUUUGAAGUGUCAGAUGUUGUGACUAUUUAAAAUAAAAUAUCAUUAUAAUUUAAAGUGACAAUGUCUAUGAGAAUUCCUUGAAUAAUAUUUUGAAGAUAAAGGUUUGAUAUUUUAUGUCAGACUAAAGAAUUUGGAAGCAAGGUAAGUUUGCCAUAACUGAACACUUGGUCCCAGGCUUUCCUAAUACUUCUCUACUCUUUUGAAGUGUUUUCAUGACUUUAAAAAUGAUGAAAUGGAUCACAAACCAUCAGAUUUUAAAAACCAAACAUUGAAACUGAAUGCUUUUUUCUCUUACCACCUUUUCUUGAAACUAUUAGAUGUCCUACAACAUAAGAGAAAAUAAAGUCAAGGUCAGGUGAUAAAA